AUGAUCCGCGAAGGUCAUCCUAGAAGUGAUAAAUUCCGUGAAGCAAUAGAUGAUCUCUGGAACCAUUUGGAACGCCUUCAAAAUGCUGUCGCUGAGAGACAACGCUUGAUUGAUGAAAACGAAGUCGCCCAAAAAUAUCUUUUUGAUGCUAGUGAGGCUGAAGCCUGGAUGGGCGAACAAGAACUUUAUUUGAUGGGGGAUGAGAAAGCUAAGAAUUAA